CAACAGUAUGUAAGUGUGUGGCCUGAGUCAUUCUGUAACUGCACAAGUAACAAGAAAGUGAUCGGGACGACUGCAAGAACCUGCCUAAGGAAUACACUCCUUUUCACUGUUUUGAUUUUUCAUCUGGGCUCUUCAACAUUCAUCUGCAGCUUACCUUGGCGUGACUGUGUGUGAGCUGCUGUCAGCCUUCAUUCUCCCUGUCUAAACAUGGACAAUCCAUGCUGCUGCAGUCACCAGGGCUCCCUGACAAUUGUAGCUCCAGAGUAAUGACAACUGUUGGAGACCAGAAGUGGAAUGAAGGCAGACAGGCCGGUAAUGAAGAAGUUCUCAGAUGACAUUUAACUUACUGGAUUUUUUUUUUUGUCUUUUCUGCUUUGUGCAGCAUAUUCUUAAUGGGCUGUCUCAUUUCAGGUUGCUAAAGUAUAGGAUAGUGAUAAAAUAAUAGGAAUUGUCUGCGCUAAGAGGAUCAAUAGCUUAGUCACUGUUGUCACAGGCAGAAGGCUACUCGUCAUAUUGUAUAGAGUUUGAGAAUGCAGGCAACAGCAAGGAAAAGGAAGGCUGCGAGUGAAUUAUUCCAGACGGUGUUUACAAUAAGUGCUCUCCUGAAGUCAAGAAGACAAUGGAUUGUGGAUCUUAUAAGGCUAUAUAAUUAAUUAAAGAAGCAAAAAACAUCAUAUAUAUAUAUAUAUAUAACUGAAAGAUUUGAAAUGUUUUGUUAUUUUGCAUUCCAAUUAUAUUUUUACAUCCUGAUUUCAAAUUUGUAAUAAAAAUGUGGCUCAAGGAGUUUGAAAUCCUUGCUGGAAGAAUACCAAGAAAAAGGCACGCAAAGGACAUUACAAUGAUGUUUCUAUUAUUUAACUAUAGAACAUCACAUUAAUUUGCUUUCUGAUUACAUUUUUUUUUUACUGUAGUACUUAUGGAGUUCUCCUUAACGCCUUAUUUGUGCUUCAUUUGACUUAAAGUAUAGCUGCCUUACUUUGUAACAAGAACCAUUUUUAUGGCGUCUCUCCAUAAAGGUUAAAAUUUAACAGCAUUUGGAGUAAACAGUUCCUAUACUGACAAUAGUGCAUUUUGAAAUAUGAGCAUGGCAUAAACUGACAUGUACAGCAUAAUUGAAUAAUGUAAAGUCAUCCUCAUGUUUUGCUACAUUUUAAUGAAAAUGAAUUGCAUUACAACUAGCCUAUAUUUCUUGGAAUGUCUCCAAUACUUCUAAUGGAAUAUUUGGAUUUCUUAAAAAUCUCUUCUAAAUGAAGCCUGGAAACAUUCAUGUGGGACGGGAGAAGAAAAUGAUGCAUGUCAAUAAUUUCCCAUUUAGGAGGCAUUCCUGGAUAUGUUUCGAUGUGGACAAUGGCACAUCUUCAGGACGAAGUCCCUUGGACCCGAUGACGAGUCCUGGUUCAGGACUCAUCCUCCAGGCCAACUUUGUUCACAGUCAACGACGGGAGUCCUUCCUGUACCGCUCAGACAGCGACUAUGAGCUCUCACCGAAAUCCAUGUCCAGAAACUCCUCCAUUGCUAGUGACAUGAAUAACUGUCAUCAGAGGCCAAGUUUGGUUUCUCGGAGAUCAGAGCCAGUUCUUAAUGGAAAUCAUGGAGAUGACCUGAUUGUAACACCAUUUGCACAGGUGUUGGCUAGUUUGAGGACAGUGCGGAAUAAUUUUGCUGCAAUAACAAAUUUACAGGAACGUGCCUCAAACAAGCGAUCACCCAUGUGUAAUCAGCCACCCAUUAACAAGGCCUCCUUUACCGAGGAGGCCUACCAGAAGCUGGCCACCGAGACUUUGGAGGAGCUGGACUGGUGCUUGGAUCAGCUCGAAACACUACAGACAAGGCAUUCUGUCAGUGAGAUGGCCUCUAAUAAGUUUAAAAGAAUGCUUAACCGAGAACUUACACACCUCUCUGAAAUGAGCAGAUCUGGCAAUCAGGUCUCUGAAUACAUCUCAAACACAUUUUUAGACAAACAGCAUGAAGUGGAAAUGCCCUCUCCAACACAGAAAGAGAAAGAGAAGAAAAAAAGACCAAUGUCCCAAAUAAGUGGGGUAAAGAAAUUAAUGCACAGUUCAAGUUUAACAAAUUCAAAUAUUCCACGAUUUGGGGUGAAGACAGAAACAGAAGAUUCUUUGGCAAAGGAGUUAGAAGAUGUUAAUAAAUGGGGCCUUAAUGUAUUCAAAGUUUCAGAGUAUUCGGGAAAUAGGCCAUUAACGGUCAUUAUGUACACCAUUUUCCAGGAACGGGAUUUAUUAAAAACAUUCAAAAUUCCUCUAGACACAUUUAUCACUUAUCUGAUGACAUUAGAAGAUCAUUACCACACAGACGUUGCAUAUCAUAACAAUAUUCAUGCUGCAGAUGUUGCUCAAUCAACCCAUGUGCUGCUGUCCACCCCUGCUCUGGAGGCUGUCUUCACCGAUUUAGAGAUUCUUGCUGCCAUUUUUGCCAGUGCUAUCCAUGAUGUAGAUCAUCCAGGAGUCUCCAACCAGUUUCUUAUAAACACAAACUCUGAGCUCGCCUUGAUGUACAAUGACUCAUCGGUGUUGGAGAAUCAUCAUCUGGCUGUGGGCUUCAAGCUGCUACAAGAGGAGAACUGUGAUAUAUUCCAGAACCUGACCAAAAAACAGAGACAAUCACUGCGGAAGAUGGUUAUUGACAUUGUCCUUGCAACAGACAUGUCCAAGCAUAUGAAUUUAUUAGCAGACUUAAAAACUAUGGUUGAAACCAAAAAAGUUACCAGCUCUGGAGUCCUUCUAUUAGACAAUUAUUCAGACCGAAUACAGGUUCUGCAAAACAUGGUUCACUGCGCAGAUUUAAGCAAUCCUACCAAACCACUCCAGCUGUAUCGGCAAUGGACAGACCGCAUCAUGGAAGAAUUUUUUAGUCAAGGAGACCGGGAAAGGGAACGGGGGAUGGAAAUCAGUCCGAUGUGUGACAAGCACAAUGCAUCUGUUGAAAAAUCACAGGUUGGCUUCAUAGACUACAUUGUUCAUCCUCUCUGGGAAACGUGGGCUGACUUGGUUCACCCAGAUGCACAAGACAUCUUAGAUACUUUAGAGGACAAUCGAGAAUGGUAUCAGAGCACAAUACCACAGAGCCCUUCACCUGCCCCUGAUGACCCAGAAGAUGGGCGGCAGGGUCAAACGGACAAGUUCCAGUUUGAACUGACUCUGGAGGAAGAUGGUGAAUCAGACACAGAAAAAGACAGUGGUAGCCAGGCUGAGGAGGAUGAUAACAGCUGCAGUGACUCUAAGACCCUCUGCACUCAAGACUCAGAGUCCACAGAAAUUAAUCUAGAUGAGCAAGCUGAGGAAGAAGAGGAGGAAAGGAUCGCCUCAGAACCAUGUAUUGUGGAAGAAGACCAGCCUGUUGACACAUAGCAGUGCAGAUGGCAUGUACAAAAACAAUACAAUUAAUAAUAAUUAUUAAUAAUAAUAAUAACGAUAGUAAAAGUUCCAAAGCGCACAUGUUGCACACCAUAACCUUGGCCACUCCUCAUUCUCAUCUGUUUGGACAGAGUAUUUCAGAGACUGCUAGUAGUUCUGUUACUUUGCACUCAGGAAUAUUACACCAGAAACAGAAGCUUUCAAGAGCAGCGUGUCAGCUUUUGACAUUUGGCUCCCAGACUGAGACAUGUGGUGGUUGUACUGGAUUCCAGUAAAUCGAGAUGUGUCCAAAAUGCUGAAGCGUAAACUGUUCAGGAAAGCAAUGAUGAAAGAAAAGAGUUGACAUUACACGUGUGUUUGUGUGAAUGUGUGUGUGUGUCUUUAUAUAUUUUUAGUAUAGAGUGAAAUACUAAUUAUAUGUAUAGUUGCACACAUAUGAGCGCACACAUUUGGAAAAUAUACUGUACAGUAUACCACAGCAGUCUGGAUGGCUUCCUAGCAGGACUCUUACAAAAAGCAAGACAGUGUGAAAAGCGCAUUGCAAACUAAACAGUUCAACAAAGAACAUUUAGAGUGGAUUAACAAUACUUUUUUGUAAAUUUCAAGUCUUCCUUGAAACUUGACUGAAAAAAAAAACAAAAAAAAAAAAAAAAACAAAUACACAGCAUUUGGGCUGUUUUGACCUCUUGAGUUUUGUAUUGUAUGUAAAAUGGAGCUCUUUUGUAGAUUUUACUUUUAAUAUUACAGAUUAUAAAGAUAUUAUAUUUAAAAAAUAUUUUAAAACUUUAAUCUGCCAUCAUUUUUGUUCUUUUUUCUUUUCUCAAAAGUAACUUGCAAGUUGGCUGUACUAAUCAAGAAUUAGCAUCAAUACUCACAAACACUGUGUGGUCUAAGUCUGCGUCCUUUGUGACAUGUUCUACCUUUUAAUAUACCGUAUGUUCGUUUCUGAAUAGGCACACUUACCUGAGAAGUCGCCACGCAGUAGAAAACAUCACUUGACAGUGCGAAAACCGAAACAGUUCUGGUUGUUUAAAGAAAAAGCACAGAAGGACUUUCACUUUUUAACAUCACUGUUGCCUCAUGGUUACAAGACUCUGCUAACACAUGCUAGCAUGACCCUGCAUAGUGGAUGUUCGACACGAGGCUACUGCAGUUUUUACCCACGCUUCUCUUACCAGGCUACUUGUGGUUUGGCUAUUUUUUACUGGACGUGUAAAGCUUGUAAACCACAAAGCUUUUUUUUUUUUUUUUUAGCAGGUGAAGGGUUUUAAAACUGCUGAUGCGAGGAGAAAGACCUCAAAAGUCCUUUUCAUAGGUCCAGUGAAAGGUAUCAACACACAGACUCAAGUUAUUGAUAGGGCCGAUGGAGGUGCUGUCGUCCAAAGUAUUAGGAGAGUCUGAAAAGAGAAGUACAAACCCUAAAAGAAUUCCCAUAACUUUAUUUGUACACAAUAUAUUCCGACAGUUCACCCUCGGUGCUUUUGAUGUAGCAUUUGGUUUGAUAAAUUUCUUUUGAACUUAACACUUUGUCAUUUUUACUACUGUAUGGUGCGUUUUCUAUUUAUAUACUAUAUACUAUAUACUAUAGAUACGGUAUAUAUACACUGACAGUGUGAAUACGUUUAGUUACGCAGUUUAUAAAGCAACGUGCCUGCACUGAAGGGGCACCAUAGUCUUGUUUUGUCCUUAUCGUUAGGGGUCACCAAACACAAGACAAUCAACUGCACAUUUAGAGCCUUUUAGUCCGAGUUCCUUGCACACAAAGAGUACUGACACGUUCUUAAUCAACUUCUGCUUGCCAAAAUUAAGACCUAAAAACGGGGGGGCUUCUCAGUGCCCUUUGCCUAGUAUUGUCUUCUUAUUGAGUUAUAUUUUGCCACAUUACAGUCCAGUCCAUUAAAAUAUUCAUAGCAUGCCGAAAUGUACAUUUUAGCUUGCAAGUUACUGGAUCUACAUGCUUUUAUGGUUUCAUUUUGCUCUUUUUUAGCAAGAGCAUGUAGAUGGAACAAAUAUUUUUUAAACUUGAAUAGCUCUGGCUUUUACUGACAUUUAAAGAAAAAGAGGUUAUUUUUGGAAUACAUUGUUGAAUUAUUUUGUGCCAUGCCAUUUUUUUCCUCACCAUAUGCCCUUACCUGUAAUACAGUCUCUUGUUUGUCUCUGUUUACAACCAUGUAUUUAUUGUGCUGUACAUACUAUAAUGUUUAUUGUAAAUUAUCGAUUCUUAUUAUUAUAUCAUCCCUUAUUGGGGUGGUGUUUCUGUAUUUGGAAACUCUUGGUGAGAGAAUGAUUAUAUAUAUAUAUAUACCUAUUCUAUGUAAAUUUAUCUUCUGUAAUAUAUGUCACCUUAGAGCUUGUAAAUGAAAAAUUUGGGAAAGCCAAACCCGAUUCUAAAAAGCCGCAGGUCUUUGGUCCCAGGGCUGUGCCUUAACGUAUUGGUUGAUUUUUCUUCUGUUGUGCUCCUGUAUUAGGAUAUCUUUAUGAAUGUGUGGCUUGAGCUGGGCAUUUUAAGCUGGAAUACUCAACUGCAUUUUGUUUUGGACAUGUAAAAUAUGGUCUUUAAUUCCAAUACAAGUUAAAACGUUUUACUUAGAAUUCAGAACAUUUAAUUCAUCCUUAAUAAAGCAAGAAUCCCAUAGGCUGCUUUAUUAUUAAGAUGUUCUGUCCUGAAACCAAAAUGUAACUGAGUGUUGAAAAAAUGUUAUUGGAAUUACAAGACACUAACACAUAAUUGUUCAUACAUUGUAAACUGAUAACUUUUUGUCUUUUCUUCUAAUGUAUACUUUUCCGUCUUUAUGUAGCUUUUUAAACUAACACUAUAAAUGUGUUUAGAAAUGCACAAAUCCUUUGUUUAAAAGCAGUAGUAAAGAAAGACUUUGAAGGCAAUACCCUGCUUUUUCACUUUACCGUAAUGUGUAGCAGUCUAGGCCGGCAUAUUGUCUCUCCAUGCCUUCUUCAUGAAAUCCAUUUCCAGUAUAUGCACUCUUCAAUAACUUGUCCAGCUCAGUAGACAUCUGCACGUUUACUGAAAGGUAUGAUUUUUAUUUCCGUUUAGUUUUAAAUUGAACCUCCUUUUCGACACACAUACUGUAGAUUUGAGCAGCCCUGGCCCAAAGGAGUUAGUAGCUUUUAUUUUUAAACAGUAUAAUAAAAGGGAUACAUCACUGUAACCGCAAAGACACCUGAACAAUUGUUUGUUUGGUUGGUUGUUUGUUUUUUUUUUUUUCUAUCAGUUCUGUCUUUAGAAAGUCAGCUUGUCUGGGAAUUUCUAAAGGCAAUUCUUUUAUUGGAUUCUUUGUCAACUCUAAUAAAUAGUUCACUAGAUCAAGCUCAAAACCUAUAUUAAAAAAAAAGUUUUUAUAUGCAACAGAUGAAAUAAAAGCAUGGGUUGAUUCUGAACACA